GUCACAUCUGGAUAAAAGUAAUCCUCGCCGGGACCCUUCCAAGACGCAACUCUCUAAAACUUGUGGAUUCAAGAAGGACACUAACGACCCCCGCAGCCCUCCAGCCAAUGAACGAUCGAAAACAAAUCCGACGAAACCACUCCGGUAUUCCCAAUACCGCCUAUCCCCCACCCAAAACCGCCACCCGCGUCUAUAUAUAUGUGCACCAGUUCACAACCGCUUUCUCCUCCUCCAUGAAGUAGUAGUAGUAGCAGUAAACUGUGAGGAUCGGAUCGGAUCGGAGUUUGAAAAAGAAUGGGGAGAGGGAGGGUGCAACUGAAGAGAAUAGAGAACAAGAUAAACCGGCAAGUCACCUUCUCCAAACGCCGUACUGGCUUGCUCAAGAAAGCCCACGAGAUUUCCGUCCUCUGCGAUGCCGAGGUUGCACUCAUCGUCUUCUCCACCAAAGGAAAGCUCUUCGAGUACGCCACUGAAUCUUGCAUGGAAAAGAUUCUUGAACGAUAUGAAAGAUACUCGUAUGCAGAGAGGCAACUGAAUUCUACAGAUCAAAACUCACAAGGAAGUUGGACUCUGGAGCAUGCAAAGCUCAAGGCUAGGAUGGAGGUUCUACAAAGAAACCAAAGGCAUUAUGAGGGAGAAGACCUAGAUUCUUUAAGCCUCAAAGAGCUUCAGAAUCUGGAGCGCCAACUUGAUUCAGCACUCAAAAAUAUUCGGUCAAAAAAGAAUCAACUCAUGUAUGAAUCCAUUUCUGUGCUCCAGAAAAAGGACAAAGCAUUGCAGGACCAAAAUAAUCAGCUUUCUAAGAAGAUCAAGGAGAGGGAGAAAGAGAUGGCUACUCAGCAGCAGCAGCAGCAGGAGGUUCAGUGGGAGCAGCCUAACGACGACAUAAAUUCCUCCUAUGUUGUGCCGCCGCCACUCGUGCACCUCAGCAGUGAAGGAGAAUAUCAGGGUGAAGGAGAGUAUGGAGAAACAGAAGGAACUCAGCGUCAGCAGCAGAACAACACCAGUGCCAUGCCCCAGUGGAUGCUUAGCCACCUACAAGGCUAACUAUAUAUGUAAUUAUAUAUAUAUAUACAUAUAUAUACACAUAUAGUUUGAAGGGUUAUAUGUAUAACACUGUCACUGCUGGUGCAUAUAUAGGGAGCAAGUAGUGUAGUUACCUUUUGUUCUAUAUAUAAUCUUUUAAAAUAUAUAUGUAUAUCUAAGUAUGUUUUCUACUUUGAACAAAUAUGCGGAAACUUUAGUUAAUAAGAUUGUUGCUCUCUACUAAUUUCUUGCCUUUUUAAAAACA